UCUUUUCUCCCGCCACACUCUUUCUCCCCCCUAAAAUACACUACCUUUUUUUUUAAUCAAAGCUUUUAUUUUUAUUUUCAACUUUCUAAUCUUCUUCUCAGUUGAAACACCACCGCCCAUCAUCUUUUGUUUUCUUUCGAAGGAAAAUUUUGGGUUUUUUUUUUCUUUCUAACUAAUUAAACAAACAUGGGCUCUGAGACAAAUGCAGCAGUGAAGACAUCUGUUGGCAGGUCUUGUGUUCCGAAGACGAAGGGAAAGGUUCCUAAAAGAGUUCACAAAGCUGAGAGGGAGAAGCUCAAGCGUGAGCAUUUGAAUGAGCUCUUCCUUGACCUGGCAAAUGCUCUCGAUCCGAAUCAGCCGAACAAUGGGAAGGCCUCUAUUCUUUGUGAAGCAACUCGACUAUUAAAGGAGUUGUUCGGUCAAAUCGAGUCCCUCAAAAAGGAAAACGCUUCUUUGGUAUCUGAAUCUCACUAUGUGAACGUCGAGAAGAAUGAGCUGCAGGAGGAGAAUUCCACCCUGGAAACUCAAAUACGGGAGCUGAAAAGUGAGAUCGGAACAAGGGUUGCUCAAUGUAAACCCGACUUGAACGAACCUCCUCCAUUGCCAUCACAGUUUCAUGGAGAUCAUCAUCCCGGUUUGCCUGCUGUCGAACCUGUUCCGCAACAACCAUCGGCUCUCCUUGUUGUUCCAAUUCAUCCCGAUAUUCAGACUUAUCCGACGCCCGAUUCGGGCACACAACAACAACCUGCCCCUAAAACGAACUGUGUUGUCAGUAAACCACAUGCUCGAUAUCCGACCCCAGCAGAUUCAUGGCCUUCCCAACUUCUUGGGAAGCAAUAAUGACUAACAAAAGUUGAGGGUGGAAACCCAAGCCAACUUGUAAAUUUCACUGCAAAAUUCUGGACUUCCUUUUUUUUCUUUUGGGGGCUUUCGAUUUAAAAUUAGGAAGGGCAAACCCAUUGUAAAAAAUAGCAUGUUUUUGAUGUGCAUGGGGAUGAGUUAAUAACUGAGAUCCAUUUAGCUGCCUUUGCUUCGUUAGUUAUUGAUUAUAUUUCUACUUUGGCUGGAACAACCACCUAAUCAAAUUCAUCCUUGGUUAAUUUUAA